AGAGAGAGAGAGCAAACCGAAGCCAUGGCAUCCCCGUCCACGCCUGCAACAGCUGAUUUCUCCUCGACCCCCCCAAAACGAACCAAAAUCGUUCUACUUGGCGACCAGAGCGUCGGGAAGACCAGUCUCAUUACAAGGUUCAUGUAUGAUACAUUCGACAAUACCUACCAAGCAACCAUUGGCAUCGAUUUCCUCAGCAAGACAAUGUACCUGGAAGACAGAACGGUAAGAUUGCAGCUAUGGGACACUGCUGGACAGGAACGGUUCCGUUCGCUAAUACCGUCGUAUAUCCGUGACUCCUCUGUAGCCAUAGUCGUCUAUGACAUAACCAACCGUCAAUCGUUCUUGUCGACGUCCAAAUGGAUAGACGACGUCCGGUCAGAGCGGGGAAAUGACGUCAUCAUUGUUCUAGUCGGCAACAAAGCAGACCUGUCGGAAAAGCGUGAAGUGACGAUCGAAGAAGCAAAUACAAGGGCAACACAGUUGAACAUCAUGUUCAUGGAAACGUCGGCCAAGGCAGGUCACAAUGUUAAAUCUUUAUUUAAGAAGAUUGCAUUAUCACUGCCGGGGAUGGAGAAGGAAGGUCAGACUGAAGCUCCAAAUACAAAAAUCGAUGUUACGACGUCUCAAUCAACCGCUCUCCCGGAGGCUUCGCAAUGCAGCUGUUAAUACCAUCCUCAGCAGUUGUAUGAU